AUGAUUGCCAGCACUUCGCCACAAAAGUUGGAGGCUGGCGCUAAGUCGCUGAAGAAGACGGCGCUAAUUACAGCGAUCAAGACGCCCUACCUCGCGGGCGGCAAGUUUGACCUGCGCGCGUACGACGAGCUGCUCGACUCGCAGAUCCAGAACGGCGUCGGCGGCGUCAUCGUCGGCGGCACGACCGGCGAGGGCCACCUGAUGUCGUGGGACGAGCACAUCAUGCUCAUCGCCCACACAAUCCACUCGUUCGGCGACCGCAUAAUGGUCAUCGGCAACACGGGCAGCAACAGCACUAGCGAGGCGCUGCACGCGUCGGAGCAGGGGUUCGCCAUCGGCAUGCACGCCGCGCUGCAGAUCAACCCGUACUACGGGAAGACGUCGACCACGGGCCUGCGCGCCCACUUCAGCGCGGUGCUUGCAGAGGGCCCUGCUAUUGUGUACAACGUCCCGGGCCGCACCGGCCAGGACAUUCCGGAUGACAUUGUCAUGGAGCUCGCCGCGCACCCCAACUUCCUGGGGAUGAAGGAGUGCACCGGCAACGACCGCAUCGCGUCGUACACGGCGCGCGGCGUCAACUGCUGGAGCGGGAACGACGACGAGGCGCACGGCGCGCGGCACGGCGCGGGCGCGGCGGGGGUGAUCUCUGUCACGUCGAACCUCAUCCCCGGGCUGUUCGACAAGCUCAUGAACGGCCCCGCGGACCCUGAGCUGGCGGCCAGCCUGAACGAGCUCAUCCAGUGGCUCUUCUGCGAGCCCAACCCCAUUGCGCUGAACACGGCGCUCGCGAUGAACACAUACCCAACUGCAGGGAGGUGCGCGUGA